AUACCACCAUUUUUUUGCUUUGACCAUUUUGCCCUUCAUUUUAAUGAAUUGAUUUUUGAAAGUGUGUGUGAAAUGCUAUGAUCUAUCUAUGCACGGAAACACACAAAUUGAGUCCAAAAACAAAGAAACAAACAGAAAUUAAAAGUGCGCUUUCAUUUCUGCACUCAUAACCAUUUUCAACUAAAACGUUUUCAUUUCAACUUCACUCGCGUUAAUUUUCCCGGGAAAAUUUCUAUUUAUUUCUCGAGAAAAACAAAAACCAAAACAAAGGGUUUUUGUUUCCAGCUCGAUCGCAAUUUCUGUCUCACCAAAUCCCAACACUGUUGUAAGAAUUUAUGAACACGAGAUCCCGAAAUUCAAUACAGGGAUUUCGUGUAUGUAUGGAUCAUAUUAUCAAGUUCUUCUUGUUCCUCAUUCUCUUUGGAUUAGUGAAUGCAUGUUUUGCUGAAGAUGAUUAUGGACGUUGUGAAAGAGUUGUUAAGACUUGGGCGAGUUCUUCGCUUGAUAGAGAAAUUAGACAAAAAGAUAAGCUUACGCUUAAGAAUUUGUUGUUUUUCUUACAUGUUCCUAGAACGGGAGGACGCACUUAUUUUCAUUGCUUUUUGAGGAAAUUGUAUCCAGGCUAUUUGGAAUGUCCUCGAUCUUAUGAUAAGUUGCGCUUCGAUCCAAGCAAAGAAAAAUGUAGACUGUUAACUACCCAUGAUGACUAUAGCAUGACAUCUAAACUUCCAAAGGAUAGAACUUCUGUGGUUACCAUACUCAGGGAUCCGGUUGACCGUGUCUUUAGUACUUACGAAUUUUCAAUGGAGGUUGCGGCUAGAUUUUUGGUGCAUCCAAACUUGACAUCUGCAACAAAGAUGGCUUCUCGCUUGCGCUCUAAGUCUAAAGGAGUAAGCACAUUGGAUAUCUGGCCGUGGAAAUAUCUGGUUCCAUGGAUGAGAGAAGAUCUAUUUGCUAGGAGAGAAGCUAGGUAUAGUAAGGGACUGAAUACUGUUGAGGGCAGUGAUCCUUAUGAUAUGGAAGAUUUUGCAAUGCCUUUACAAGAAUACAUCAAUCAUCCUGCGGCUUGGGAUAUUGUACAUAAUGGAGCCACAUUUCAGGUUGCAGGUUUGACAAACAAUUCUUAUAUAGCAGAAGCACAUGAAGUGCGUCAUUGUGUACAGAAAUAUAAGGUUCUUGGUAAAUAUGUGCUACAAGUUGCAAAGAAGAGAUUGGACGAUAUGUUAUAUGUUGGUCUUACCGAGGAGCACAGAGAAUCUGCAACGAUGUUUGCAAACGUGGUUGGUUCUCAGGUUAUAUCACAGCUUAUUGCACCAAACAGCAGCCUGGAUAUUAUUGAAAAUACAGAACAGAGUUCAUUUUCAGAUGCCGAUCCUGAUAGCAGUGAACAUCAGAAUAGCACCUCGGACAGGGGAGCAAUUGAGGUUACUUCAAGUGAAAAUGGAGAAGCGGCAAAAUCAGCUAUGACUGUUGGGAAACUCAUGAAUUCUUAUGAAGUCUGUAUUUCUAAGUUACGCAAGACCCAGUCAGGCCGACGCUCCGCCUCUUUGAAGAGGAUUCCGGUGAACUUUACAAAGGAGGCACGGCUUCGAGUUCCUGAAGAGGUUCUCCAGCAGCUACGAUCUCUUAACGAUCUUGACUUGGAGCUCUAUGAAUAUGCGAGAGCCAUUUUCAAUAAUCAACAUAAAACCUCAUUGCUGAUUACUGAGGAGAAAUUGGACAACAUAUCAAGUAGUGCAUAUAGCAUCAUCCUUUGGAAGGUUCUUACAUUAACAAUAACUUUCUUCUUCAUCCUUUUCUUAUUCUUACUAAUUGUAAAUGUGAGAAGAAGAACGUUGAAGGUUAAGAAGUAAAUUAGUUGAACCAUAAUUUGGGGGGAUCUAAGUUCUAACACAGGUUUUAGAGAACAAAUAUAUUUAUCUCCAUCCUUGGUCUUAUAAGCAAAUGAUUUUGUUCCAUUUUAUGUCUGUUGAUGGGCCGGGUUCUGUUAGGCAUUUCCUUUUUAUUUACAGUUUUGUUGGAAGUUCUUCUAUGGAUUAGUCAAUUUGUUCUAUUAGUCUCUAAAAUUGAAGGUAGUUAAUCAUUUCAAUUUUGCUUUCAAA